AUGGCUCCUCCCCGCCAGCGUCCCGUGCCCGUGUCUGCUGCCUCGGCUGGUUCUUCUGCUUCCGCUGCUGCUGCUGCUACUGCACCAACGGCUGCGACGGCUGCCAGCGCUAUCCUAGAUGACUCGCGGUCGGAAGCAUCCAGCACCCGCGAGCGGCAGGGCACCACCAAGGGCCGCAAGCCCGCAGCAGCCACAGCCUCUUCUGCCGCAGCAAACACUUCUGCUCCCAGCACGGGCUCGAAUGCAGCGUUGAAGGAAGGCAAGGGCCCUGCUGCAGAUCCACGCAUGGACGAGAACAGCAUUAUCGAGUCCCAGGCUUCUAUAAACUGGACCACCAUGCCCCUGCCCGUCCUACACGAAUACCGCUACGCCUAUAACCUUUCCUGCCCCAGCGCGUUCUCGUCACAGAUAAACUCCAUUCUCCUAUCACAAGGGCCCGGUCUAGGCUCCGCAACGGCCAUCUCCAUCAAACGCAGACAGCUGUUGCAGCAGUCGCAAUCAGAACGACAACAAUACGAUGACAGCAUGCAGAUCGACACUGACAUGGACGCCAAAUCGAGGCAGGAAGCGUCCAACACGGGGCGGCCGGACAAAGUGUUGCACCGUCUCUCGGCUCCGGCACAGGGACGAGUAUCCAAGACACAACUUGCGUCUGCCGUGCGGAAACAUUUUAACAACACAGCUAUAUCGGAGCAAGAUGCCAUUGCUCGGUUUUUGUAUAAAGUCAACGAGGAGAGGAGGGGAAAAGAGUUCCGGCUUCGGUUCCAGCCAUAG